ACGUGUUUAAUUAGUUUAUUAGGUUGUUUAGAAGAUUUUGAUAACUUGUCUCGAAAGGAAGAGUGACUUUUUUUAAGAUGUUCGUCAUUCAUUUCCUUUGUUGUCUCUUCAGUGAGUGAUUGGAGCUAAAAGAAUAAGAUAACUAGAAAGAAAACGCGGUAUAAACUUACUAAAUUCAGAGAGCUAGGUUUUGAAGAAGACACUGAAAGGAUAUCAUUGUCGCCAACGCCAUCAUCCUCAGUUGGAUUGUAUUGUCUUGAUAGCUUCGACUUUCUACGCGAGAGAGUUGAACCUAGUGAGCUAUUAGAUCUAAUCCUAGAUAGAUUAGUUGCAUGUUGCUGAGGAGGUGAAUUUGAAUGCACGAAUUGAGUAUAUUCAUUCUGUGAUAUCUCUGGAUGAGCGGAUGCCGGAACCCACUAAUAAUAAGAGAUGGUGAGUUUAUAAUGGAGAUGCCAUAUAACAAGGACCCACGUAUUGAUUUAGUAUGUUAUCAUUUUGUAUAUCUUGAUCUGUUGGCGGUAAAUCUGGGUCUAUAGCAGUACGUUGUCCUUGUGACAGCGACCGCCUCCGUAGAGCUUUCAAAAUAGAAACUUGAUGAUUUACAUCAGCUAAUGAUAAGUUAGUCUAAUAUUUUUAUGUUAAUCUCUAUAUAUUCUCACAAUCGUUCAUAAUUUCACUGGAAUGUGUUGGACGUUAGCUGGUAAGGCAUUUCUAACUAUCAGACAAUCAAGACAGAAAUUAGAAAAUGACUGGUAAUAGCGCAGACGACAAGCCAAAGAUUCCAAAAGCUGUUAUCAAAAAUGUGGAUAUGUCCCAGGAGUUACAACAAUCUGCUAUUGACAUCACCUCAAACGCAUUGGAGAAGUACACAGUAGAGAAAGACAUAGCGAGCUUCAUAAAGAAAGAAUUUGAUAGAGUUCAUGGCGCUACUUGGCACGUCGUCGUUGGUAAAUCCUUUGGAUCAUUCGUUACGCACGAGACUAAUCAUUUCAUUUACUUCUACAUGGGUACAUCCAUGGCAUUCUUAAUCUUCAAAUCGGGUUGAUUUGAUAUUAGAUAUACAAAUACAUAUUAAUUCUUAUUAUCAUUCUAAA